CUGCGAUGUGUCAUCUCGACGGAUAAAUUACCGCUACUCCUCUAUGCUGUUCCGAAGCCUAGACAAUGUCUGCAAACGACCGUUAGUCGGGUUAUUAUUGUUAAUUACACCUGUUCUUCACAAUAUCCCUCUCUUGGUGUUGAAUUAGGAGGAUGUUUGCAGCGGGCAACAUGUCGCUCAUGGCGGCGGGUUUGGCGCUGCUCACCGUGGUCCUCUGCUCUUCUCACGUCAGUGCGAAUGAGGACUGUCUGUGGUACGUGGAUAAGAACGGCACCUGGCACAACGGCUUCGACUGCCCUCUCAUCACGUUCUGCUGCGGGAACUGCCACCGACGCUACUGCUGCCUGGACGCCUUCAAGAUGAUCACAGAGAGGGAGCAGAAACGCUGCAUGCUCUUCCAGUUCAGCCCCACUACUUUAGCCGGCAUCGCCUCCUCCAUCCUCCUGUUUGUGGCCAUCAUCGCCACCAUGGUAUGCUGCUUCAUGUGCUCCUGCUGCUACCUCUACCAGAGGAGGCAGCUGAGGGGCAGGACGCCCUACGAUGCCCAGCACAUCCCCAUGGCCAGCUAUCCAGUGGAGCCGAUGUAUGAUGCUUACGGGAAACCCCUGGGACCCUCUCAGUAUCUACAUGCAGGGUAUCCAAUGGCGCCCCACUACCCCGGCAUGCCCCCACACUACCCUAUGAUGCCGCCUGGACACUAUCCCCCACACAUGAUGGAUCCUACAUACGGCCAGGCCCCUCCACCUUACUCUCCACCUCAGUAUCCUGGUCAUUGAUGGGCUCAACUACCCACACACACACACACACACACACUCACACACAACACACACAAGAGUGGGAAACAACAGCAAUUGAGAAAAAAGGACUGUUUGAAAAUAAAAAGGCAGCAACAAUCUCGCACUCAAACACACUCGCAUACACACGCACAAACACACACUCAAAUUAACACUACAGCUCGACCAGCAGCUGGCACUUUAAGUUAGUGUUUUUCUAUGUAUAUUUACAAUGUUGUCCUACUUUUCUGGAGUGUUUACGCAAGUCAAAAUCUGGUCAGCAUCCUGGCGACCAAUUGUUCCUGUCAGUUUUGUGGAGGCCGUCACACUCUCCCUCAAAGUGACUCUGUGCUGCCACUCUGUGCUCUGGAACGCUCACCUCAAUGACAGGAUUUCGUCUGAAGACAGGUAUCAUUACCUUACAGGAGAGGGGUCAGAAGGAAUUUCCUAAAAACUAUAACGCACUUCCUCUUUAGUUUUUAGAGGAAAGAGUGAUUUAGUUUGUCACUUUUGAUACAUUUGAAUCAAUGAAAAACUGCCUGAAGCUACAUUCCAGGUCAAACACUCCACAAAUAUGAUUACAUGAUGUAUUUAUUUCUGCGUUUGAUGUUUUUUUCCCCCCUGUAAUGUGAUAGGGGCAGAAAGGAAAACCAAACUACAUGUUUGAGAAAAGGGUGACAUGUAUGGCUCAAAAAGGCAGAGUGAUCCUGUCUUAGAUGUGCAGAAGGACUUUAAGGUACUCCUUAUUCCAUGAAUGAAGCCUUUAGUCGUCUUUUGUUUGAACUUUUCUUCUUCUUUGUAUCUGACUUGACUAAUUUACGUCAUGGUGGUAUAUUAGCUGCACCAUAUAGAGUAACAUCUCGACAUCAGCAUGCUACCCCAGUCAAAGUGAUCUGUCCUCUCAUGCUUCUCUUCUGGUUUUAAAUGGAUUAGAAGUCUUUAGAUUAAUCCCAUAAUGCCAGGUAGGAUGUUUUCCAGUGAUUUCAUGUUAAAUGUUCAUUUUUUUGUAACAUAUCGGGUCAAGGGAGUUGCAGGUCUAUGCUGCUCAGUUAAAACAAAUGUUCCCACUACAUUAAAUAAGCAUAACGAGCAAAAAACGGAUUAACAUUUAAAAUCUUAUUUUGUAAAUAUUUUCUUCAGCUGAAUAUGUUAUGAUAUUCUAAUAUAUUAAAUAUUAUAGUUAUUUUAAUAAUAAUGGUAAAUCCUAACAUAAAAUACGACAUCUUCACAUUUUUCCAUUUGGUAUUUAUUAUAAUAAUUGAGUGUACUUUUUUACUGUGAAUGGGUUCUCACCUUGUGGACUAGCUACAAAGCCAAACAUCUGUUCUGCUAAAAAAGUCUAUUUUAUUGAUCACCUCUCUUUAAAAUUAUAGUUUGACAUUUUGGGAAUACGUCUGGGAUAUCUUAGAAUCCUUAGAAAGCAGUAAUUUUAACAAUGAAGUGAUAGAAUGGAUUUAAACUGCAGUUAUCUCUAUAUAUAUAUUAUUCUUGUAAAAAAAAGAUUUCAGAUAUCAACAAUCUCAUUCUUCCUAAAUAUAAAACUAUGUCACAUUUGCCAGUCAUAAUUGGGCAACUUUUAUGAUUUAUAGAAUGAACAUUUAUAAACAUGAUUUCAGAUAUGAACAAUUGGAAUUGUUCCUCAUCAUAAUUGUAAUAUCAAAUCCAUAAUGUAAUUAAGAAAAUCAAGAAAUCGCUUGGUAAUUAUUUUAUUUCAAACUUAUUAUCUGGGCAAAGCUAACUGCUAAGCUAACUUUUAGAGCUACAGUUACCACACAGACGUGAAUGGUGGUAUCAGUCUUCUGAUCUGGGGGUCAACAAAAAGAAAGCAGAUAGGUGUGUCUCCCAAAAUGUCAAACUUCUUUUUAAUUCACACUUACAGACGUGGGCUCAUGUGAGGUCAGGGCCUGUAACCUGUAAUGAUUCUGUAAUUGGGUUUAGCAUCGUGCUCAGCCCUGUUCCCUUUGUAAGAUGUGUGAGCUGUGAAACAUGGAGCAUGUGUUGUACAGUAAGCUGUCCGACUAAUAGCCUAGGUGGUGAUCUUUAUUCGGGUGUAAUGUAUCUAUCUCAUGUCGAAAUGAGACAUUAGAUAAUAAUAUGCUGAUGGAUUAGAGAAGCCUGGCACUUCUUUGGGACUCUGCUGUAACUUGUCCCCAAACAAGAACUAUAACUGCUAGUUUACAGAAUAAAUUGUUUCCUUAAAUGG